AUGGCCUCCAGCGGCGGAAUUCAGAUACCGAGCCGUCUCCCGCUGCUGCUGACCCAUGAAGGGGUGCUCCUCCCGGGCUCCACCGUCAGGUUCAGCGUGGACUCUCCGCGGAACAUGCACCUGGUUAGCCAGCGGCUGCUGAAGGGGACUUCGCUGAAAAGCACAAUCAUUGGAGUGAUUCCCAAUACCAGAGACCCAGAGCACGACACCGACGACCUCCCCGCUUUGCAUAAAAUUGGUACAGCCGGCAUAGCAGUGCAGGUGGUGGGUAGUAACUGGCCAAAGCCCCACUACACCCUCCUCAUCACUGGAUUGUGCCGCUUCAGAGUAUCAAGUCUGCUUAAGGAGCGACCUUUUGUCCUGGCAGAGGUGGAGCAGCUGGAUAGACUGGAUCAGUACACGACCCCAGCAACAGAGGGUGUCACAGCAGAAGAUGGAGAGCUGGGGGAGCUGUCCCAGAAGUUCUACCAGACUGCUGUACAGUUGUUAAGUAUGUUGGACAUGUCUGUUCCAGUGGUGGCUAAGUUCAGGCGUCUCUUGGACAGUCUGCCCAGGGAGACUCUACCUGACGUGGUAGCCUCCAUGAUCCGCACCUCAAACAAGGAGAAACUACAGGUCCUGGAUGCGGUGAGCUUGGAGGAGCGCUUUAAGAAGGCUCUGCCCAUGCUGACCAGACAGAUGGAGGGACUAAAACUGCUGCAGAAAACCAGGAAAAUAAGUCCUGACAAUGAGAAGAGGGUGUUAUCAGUGCGUAAAGGCGGAGUGUUUCCGGGCCAGCAGUUCAAUCUGGAUGAGGAAGAUGAAGAUGAGGAUGGUGAUGACACUGCAGCCUUGGAGAGGAAGGUCCACAGGGCCAACAUGCCUGAAACUGCCCUCAGAGUUUGCCUCAAAGAGCUCAAGAGAUUGAAGAAGAUGCCUCAGUCCAUGCCUGAGUAUGCCCUGACCAGAAACUACUUGGAUCUGAUGGUAGAGUUACCAUGGAGCAAAAGCACAAAAGACUGCCUGGACAUCCGAGCCGCUCGAACCUUAUUGGACAAUGAUCACUAUGCCAUGGACAAGCUGAAGAGACGUGUGCUAGAGUACCUGGCUGUGAGACAACUGAAGACUUCACUAAAGGGCCCCAUCCUCUGCUUUGUGGGGCCCCCAGGAGUCGGUAAGACCAGUGUUGGACGCUCCAUAGCCAGGACUCUGGGCAGAGAGUUUCACCGCAUCGCUUUGGGAGGCGUCUGCGACCAGUCUGACAUCCGAGGACACAGACGCACAUAUGUGGGGAGCAUGCCCGGCCGCAUCAUCAACGGUUUGAAGACAGUAGGAGUCAAUAAUCCUGUCUUCCUGUUGGAUGAGGUGGACAAACUUGGGAAGAGCCUCCAAGGAGACCCUGCAGCUGCACUGCUAGAGGUCUUGGACCCAGAGCAGAACCACAGCUUUACAGAUCAUUACCUCAACGUGGCCUUUGACCUCUCCCAAGUGCUCUUUAUUGCCACUGCGAACACCACAGCGACCAUUCCCCCUGCCCUGCUGGACAGGAUGGAGGUGCUGCAGGUACCAGGCUACACCCAGGAGGAGAGGGUAGAGAUAGCUCACCGUCACUUGAUCCCAAAUCAGCUGGAGCAACAUGGAUUAACGCCUCAACAGCUUCAUAUACCACAGGACACCACACAAGAUAUAAUCAGCAGGUACACCCGUGAGGCAGGCGUGCGCUCUCUAGAGAGGAAGAUCGGGGCGAUAUGCCGAGCCGUGGCUGUGAAGGUCGCUGAAGGUCACAUAGUCACCAAUACAGAGGCUUUGACCCCCGAGGGCCCGACACAGCAGGGAGACAAGGCAGCACCUCCUGAGAUGCCCAUAGUGAUCGACCAGAUUGCCCUGAAAGACAUCCUGGGACCUCCGCUGUUUGAAAUGGAGGUUUCUGAGCGGCUCACCCUGCCCGGUGUGGCUCUGGGCCUGGCCUGGACGCCCCUUGGUGGGGAGAUCAUGUUUGUGGAGGCCAGUCGAAUGGAGGGAGAAGGUCAGCUCACUCUGACUGGUCAGCUGGGAGAUGUUAUGAAAGAAUCCGCCCAUCUGGCCAUCAGCUGGCUCAGAACAAACGCUAAAACUUACCAGCUCACAAACAUGGUGGGGGCUCCAGAUCCGCUUGAAGGGACAGACAUCCACCUCCACUUCCCGGCUGGAGCUGUAACCAAGGAUGGCCCCUCUGCAGGUGUUACUAUAGUAACCUGCCUAGCCUCGCUGUUCAGCGACAGAUUGGUCAGAUCAGACGUUGCCAUGACAGGAGAGAUCACGCUUAGAGGGCUGGUGCUGCCGGUGGGCGGGAUCAAGGACAAGGUCCUGGCGGCCCACAGGGCAGGAGUGAAGCGAGUCAUCCUCCCUAAACGCAACGAGAAGGACCUCGAGGAGCUUCCGGCAAACGUCCGAGCUGACCUCGACUUUGUCAGCGCCGGAAACCUGGACGAGGUGCUGAACGCCGCCUUUGAUGGAGGGUUCCCAGGGACAGCCAGCACGUGCACACACACUCAGCUGACCAGCAAACUGUAACACACUGAUGCAAACACACACACACACACACAAAUGCGCUGACGGUGUGAAGUGAAGAAUAGUCCUGAAUAAGAGAGCACGUCGUGUUUCAGCUUUGACAUCUUGCACUCUAAUGAGUUGUUCCCUGAUAGGCAGUGAGUGUGCACAUCUUUAAUCCUGACCAGAUAAUCUGAGGUAAAUGAAGCUACAAUUCAGAGUCAAACCCUGUAGGAGAAUUCAGCUUACAGUACAACAAUGUGAAGUUAAACUGUCUAGGGUCAUUUGGUGUUGCACUUAUUAAUUUAGCUUGAUUGAUAGUGUUUGUGCUGAACAGUAAGCAGUCUGCUGAGAUGGUUUGUGUAUGUGACAACAGAAGCAGAUGAGAUGUGUUCAGAUGGUGUAGAUACCUGCAGACUGUUUGAAUGACUGUUUAAACAUGCAUUGUAAUCCAGUGUAGCCUGGUUUUAACUAUUUGGUGGAUGUUUUACCAGUUCUUGUAAAUGCAGAUUUUGUGUGUGUAAUGUAUUAGCUAUGCAAACGUUAUAACAAUGAACAACAAAAGACUGCAGUUACUUUGCUCAUACAGUGUGUUUCAGAUCCCACUCUGAGGUCCCUGUCUGCAUGAGGCGUGGAAACAAUUUCUCCAGGCCAAAUAAUUCUUUUAAUGACUGAACCUUAAUCCAAAAUGCCAUUUUUCUGGCAGAAUGAAUCAUUCCCAUGUAAUGCGUGCAUUCUGUGGGAAAGCAGACAUUGUAUGUAGAAAGUGACAAAAUGUAGUAAAAGGUUGUCAUACUAAUCAUAAACAUAACUGUAUGCAUUGAUAAUAUUGCUAGUUCAUAAUGAAGAUAAUGUUAUGGAAGCAGAAGCAUCAUGUCUGUGAACUUCUGAGUAGCAUUAGCAAGAUAACUUCAUUAGCAUUAGCUUGCCGGCUGAAAGGCUUUAGAAUGCACUACUGUAUAUGGAUGAUUAAACAUUUUACCUUUAACAUUAUAACAAAUGUUAGCCUGAACUAUGUAGCCAGCUGAAAAGGCAUGUGCUCUGUGAGUUUAUCCAAGUGUUUUCAGUUAGGCUAGCUAUGUGCUAGAUGGAAGGGUCAAAUAAUUAAGUAUCAACCUUUAAAUCUCGUUUGACUCUUUGUUUUAAUAAUUUAACUGACAAUAUUAUUCAGUUAUGUAUUUAGUUAUAGCUGUGACUUGUCUGAUUUCAGGGCUCCAUCAUAUUGAUUGCAUUAAACAAGUAAUUUUUUAAA